AAAUUCCACGGCUGGCACUGGAGGCCCGGGCAGCGGCAGAACCCCUGGCGCGCUGGACCAUGAGCGGCAGCAGGAAUUGUGGAGAUUAUGGCAUCUGAAGCUCAAAAUGAUAGAAAACGGAACCUGUUAUAUAUUGAGGGUCGUUCUAUUGAUCUCCCUAAGAAAAGGAGCUCUCAUUCCCUUAGUGAGAAUAUGAAGGAGGAUAAGAAAUCUGCAAAACAUUUGGCUUCUUGCACAAGCAGAACAACAGUUGGACAAACUCUAACCAGCCCCCAUUCUCUGUUCAAAGUAGUAUAUUGUAGAAGAAAAGCUCAUUACUAUUCUCCAAAGCCUUGUUUCAAAAAGAAACAGCUCCCUAAAGUUAGAGGCCGUGACAUGGCAAAUAAGGAAAAUGAACUAGCCUGUGCAGGUAACCUGCCAGCCAAAUUGCCUCCUGAUGGUCGUACUUUCUUACUGAACUCCAGUGAUGCUGGCCAAUCUCAAACAGAGAGUCCUUCAUCAAAAUACAGUGGAUUUUUUUCAGAGGUUUCUGAAGAUCAUGAUACAAUGGCCCAAGUUCUCUUCAGUAGAAAUCUCCGUCUGAAUGUAGCUUUAACCUUUUGGAAGAGGAGAAGUAUAAGUGAACUUGUAGCCUAUUUACUGAGGAUACAAGAUCUAGGAGUAGUUGUAGAUUGUCUCCCUGUCCUUAUCAGCAGUUUACAGGAAGAAAAACCUUAUAUUUCUGUUGGUUGCUGUGUAGACCUUCUACCAUUAGUAAAAUUAAUGCUUAAAAGCAAAUUUGAAGAAUAUGUAAUUGUUGGUUUAAAUUGGCUUCAGGCUGUAAUUAAGAGAUGGUGGUCACAACUUUCUGUCCAUACGGAUAAGAUAGAAGAUGGAAAUAUUCAGAUUUUAAAAGAACAAUUAAGUAUAUUGUGGAAACAAGCAAACCAUCUUACUUUGGUUCCAGGAUAUACGGGUAAUAUAGCAAAGGGUGUGGAAUCUUAUUUGUUACAGUUGCACUGAUAUACCUGGAGGACAAAGCUGUGUGCUUAAACAGGAUCAGUCAACAGUAACACGAAGCAAGAUACUCUUUCCAAAUAAUUCCUCUUCUGAGGACUGUCUUUGACAGAAGAAGGCUAGACCAUUGGACUAUUUAAUGCAAACACUAAAUAUCCAUCUGCUUCACAUUGAAGUGGAAAAAAUUCUAACAGGAGCAACUUUUACUUCAGUGAGGUGAAAGUGCACUAUGAAAACUGUAUGUAUGCCUUUGCCGCACUUGGGGGAUAUUUUCAGUUACCUGGUGAAAUCAUGAAAGUGUUUCUUCUACAUAACUGUAUGAUACAACAAUACCUACCGUAAUUGUGAAGACAGAACUGAAAACCAUUACUAGGAACCACAAAAGACCAUUUGCCAUAAAGUUUUUUUUAAAUCAUGUUUUUCUUAUGAACUGUAAAAAUGUAUUUUCAGAUAUGUUACAAAUUUUGAGUUUUGAUGUACUGAAUUUCUGAAAUGUGUCUGCUAUAUUAAUCAAAAUAUUAAAGACUAUUUUUGUUGCACUACUGAAAAACUGCAUCUAGCUAAGAGGCCUUAACUACUAGAUUUGCAAAUAGCCAAUAUAUUAGGGUAUCAUAUAGCCAAUAUAUUAAAUAACUAUAUAGAGGGAUGGAAAUUCCUUUGAAAAAAAAAUCAAAGUGUUUACACAAAUUGUGUACAAAUCAUUUUGAAACGUUUUGCACACUGAAAUAUAUUGAAGUGGGGUUUUCCACUAAAUUGACUACUUAAAUACCUGUAUGACUUAAUUGUAAGAGUAUUAAAAUAUAGAACAUUGAGAAAGCUAACUGUAGAUGUGAACAGAAUAGUGAUUCUGUAUAUCUUGCAUUUUAAUACUUUUUCUAAUAUAUUCUACUCUUUAUAGUUCGAAUUACAUGCAGCUUAGUAAAUGUACUAAUGUUACAGUUUUAAGUUCAGAUUUUCCCACUUCAGAACCUUUUCUUCUGUUCUUCAAAUAUUUAAAACUCCUAGAAAUGUUUACAGCCUGACUAGACUUGUGCGUUUCAGAUUUAACAGCACAGCUGCUACCUCUUCUAACAAAUGUUGCUGCAAAGUUUUCAGACAUAGAUGCCACAUGGUCAAAUUCCUAACUUAACACUGAUUUUUAAAAAAACAAUAAAUGCAGUACAUCUCAUGUACAAGUUUUACAGCUGUA